AUGUCGGACGCAGCUCCCGCCCUCCUGAUCAUCCUCAUCACCAUUCUUCUCCCGCCAGUCGGUGUCGCUAUGGUGGCUGGAUGCGGAUUUGAUCUCUUUGUCAACAUCUGUCUUACCCUUCUCGGUUAUAUCCCUGGCCACAUCCACGCAUUCUACGUUGAAUACGUCUACUUCGACCGUCGGGACCGCGCGAGACAUGGACAGCUCACUGGUCGUCCAGCGCCAGGCGUCUAUUCUGACCGCGUCCAGAGCGGUGGCACCCAAGGCUACGGGACUAUUUAG